AUGUUUACUUUCUGCUCCUUGCUAGGCGCGCAAUCCGAAUCGUCGGCGUCGCAAUCAUUGUUGGAGCUCGAUGGAGGUGUCAAAGUCCUGAUUGACUUGGGAUGGGAUGAGUCCUUCGAUGUCACCAAGCUGAAGGAGCUUGAGAAAGUAGUACCAACCCUCUCACUUAUCCUUCUUACACACGCGACAACUUCACAUUUAGCAGCAUUUGCCCACUGCUGUAAACACUUUCCUCUCUUCACACGAAUACCAAUAUAUGCCACGACGCCAGUCAUUUCCUUAGGGCGAACUCUCAUCCAAGAUCUUUACAGUUCGACGCCUCUUGCCUCGACCAUAAUACCUCCCGAAUCCUUAAUCGAAACUUCUUAUUCCUACUCACAGACAUCUGCCACCGCCGAAAACCGUCGCAUUCUGCUCCAGCCUCCUACUGCCAAAGAAAUAGCUUCAUAUUUCGAACUUAUACAUCCGUUAAAGUACUCUCAGCCACAUCAACCCCUUUGUUCGCCCUGGUCACCUCCGCUCAAUGAUCUUGUUAUUACGGCCUACAAUGCAGGACAUACGCUUGGAGGCACCAUAUGGCAGAUCCAGGCCGGUCUUGAAUCGAUUGUCUACGCAGUCGACUGGAAUCAAUCGCGUGAGAAUAUCUUAUCAGGAGCAGCUUGGCUUGGAGGGGCCGGAGGUGGUGGUGCAGAGGUCAUUGAGCAAUUGAGAAAACCAACCGCUUUAAUUUGCAGUAGUAAAGGAGGAGAAAAAGUGGCCAUUGCAGGAGGAAAGAAAAAGCGAGAUGAGCUUCUUUUGGACAACAUCAAAUCUUGUGUCAGUAAGGGCGGAAUCGUGCUCAUUCCAACGGAUUCAAGCGCAAGAGUACUCGAGCUCGCAUAUCUCUUGGAGCAUGCGUGGCGGGAAGAUGCUGAGAGCGAUGAUAGCACUCUCAUGUCUGCUAGACCAUAUCUGGCUAGCAAAAACAUACAAGCUACUAUGCGAUACGCUCGAAGUAUGUUGGAGUGGAUGGACGAAUCAAUCGUGCGGGAAUUUGAAGCUGUUGCUGGACAGAAUAAGCAAGAUGACGACCCAGAUGCGAAAUUGAGGGGUAUCGGUGGACCUUUUGACUUUAAACAUCUCCGCUUACUCGAACGAAAGAGCCAGAUUGACAAGAUCAUGCAAGAGGUUGAUAACCAUGGCAGGUCGAUUGGUAAAGUCAUCUUGGCAAGCGACACUUCUUUGGAGUGGGGAUUUUCGAAAGAGGUAUUCCGACGCAUAUGUGAUGACAGGAGGAAUCUUGUCAUUUUCACCGAGCGAAUGGGUCAACCAAAAAUGGAGAAUCCAAAACUAGGUAUGGCAAGAACAUUAUGGUCAUGGUGGGAAGAUCGAUCAGAUGGAGUUGCGACUGAGACGGCGGCUUCGGGGGAUGUUUUAGAACAGGUUUAUGGGGGAGGUCGCCAACUAGAGAUGCGCGAGACGACACGAGUCGCUCUGGAAGGAGACGAUUUGGCGGCUUACCAGAAUUGGCUUGCAACACAGCGACAAUUGCAAACCACCCAGGCUGGGGGUGCAACAAGCUUGGAGUCUUCUGCAGAUAUGAUUGACGAUGCUGUUUCUGAUUCUUCUGAUUCUGAUGAUGACGAUGAAGAGAAUGAACAGCAAGGUAAGGCUCUGAACAUUUCAGCAACAAUGGGCCAGGCAAAUCGAAAGAAGAUUGGUCUCACAGACGAGGAUCUUGGUAUUAACAUCCUUCUCCGCAAAAAAGGUGUGUACGAUUAUGAUGUGCGCGGAAAAAAGGGUCGCGAGAAGAUGUUCCCUUUGGUUGUUCGCAGGAAAAGAACAGAUGAAUAUGGAGAGCUUGUUCGACCAGAAGAUUUUGUGAUGCAGGAUACAAAAGACAACAACGAUGAAGGGCUCAGUCGACAGCCCAACAAAUUCGAUACUAAGGAUACGCUUGGAAAGAAGCGGAAAUGGGAUGAAACUCCAGGCCAACGAAAUGUGAGUGGCGAUAUGAAGAGACAGCAAAACACCAAACCACUGGGCGACCUAAUUCCUGGUUACGAUGAUGAGGAUGAUGAUGUUGUUGAGCCGGAAGUUGAAGAAAUUACAGGACCAUCGAGGGUGGAAAUAAAGACGGAAACAAUCAAUGUUGACUUACGACUGGCAUUUGUUGAUUUUGGCGGCGUGCACGACAAGAGAUCGCUACAGAUGUUGAUUCCAUUAAUUCAACCACGAAAGCUGAUAUUUGUCAGUGGUAUGAAAGAUGAGACUCUGGCUUUGGCAGUGGAUUGUCGCAAGAUUCUAGCUGCGAAAAGUGGUAAUGAUGAAACUGCGAUUGAAAUAUUCACACCGAUGGUAGGCGAUUGGGUAGAUGCCAGUGUUGAUACCAAUGCUUGGGCUUUGAAACUCUCAGAUGCCCUCGUCAAACGCCUGCGAUGGCAGCAAGUGAAAGGAUUGGGAAUCGUCACUUUGACUGGCCAAUUGGAACUUACACACGCGGAUAAUGUGAAUAUUGAGUCUGACAAAAAACGGCAGAAGCUUAUCAAAGAUGAGACUGCAGAGAGUAUGGAUCUCGUCGCAUCUCCUCCAGCAGAGAUCCCAACUUUGGACAUUCUUCCUACAGCGAUGGCAUCCGCCACUCGUUCCAUCGCACAACCUCUUCACGUCGGUGAUCUCCGUCUCGCUGACCUAAGGAAGUUGAUGUUGGGAUCAGGACAUACCGCUGAGUUCAGGGGUGAAGGAACGUUGCUGGUAGAUGGAACUGUAAUUGUGAAAAAGACUGGUACUGGGAGGAUUGAGAUUGAGGGUUCUGGGAUCAGGGAGUUACCUCAGGUUGGUGGUACAUUCUUCGCGGUGAAAAGGAAAAUUUAUGAGGGCUUGGCUGUUGUUGGUGGGUAG